UUUGUCCGAAGCCGAUAAGAGAUGUCCUUGAAUGAGCAGUAUAACCUCAUUUUCGACACCAUUCGGUUUCUUCGACUCUGUACAGCUCACUCCGCUCACCUUAUCCGACUCUGAUCGACACGGAAGAGACCUCCAUAGACCCCGCUGCAUCUCUGCCGUGUUCUCUCAGAGCCGGUCGCGCAGAGCUGACCUUGUCCAUCUCUUUCGGAGCGGUGAACGAAGAUGCACCUACUCCCUCGCGAGCGAGACAAGCUCUUACUCUACACGCUUGGUUCCUUAGCACAACGUCGACUCGCUCGUGGACUUCAAUUGAACCGAUCAGAAACCAUCGCUCUCAUCGCAUUCCAGCUACACGAGUAUAUCCGUGAUGGAAGGCAUAGCGUCGCUCAAUUGAUGGAUUUAGGCAAACAGAUGUUAGGUAGAAGACAUGUGAUGGAGGGUGUACCGGAGUCUAUACAUGAUAUCCAAGUAGAGGGGACUUUUCCAGAUGGAACCUUCCUGGUGACUGUACACGAUCCAAUCUGCUCGGACUCAGGUAACCUGGCACAUGCCCUAUACGGCUCUUUCCUGCCUCUUCCCUCCGAAGACCUCUUCCCUAUUCCUCUGCCUUCCCUCGCACCCCUCCCAGGUCAAGUGAUUUGCGUCAAGGAGAAGAUCAAACUGAAUGAAGGGCGGAAGAGGUGGCUCAUCCAAGUGAAAAAUGAAGGUGAUAGGCCGAUCCAAGUUGGGUCCCACUACCCGUUUCUCGAGACCAAUCCGUCUCUGGUCUUUGACAGACUGUUAUCCUAUGGUCUGCAUCUUGACAUCGCGGCGGGCACAGCUGUACGAUUCGAACCUGGGGAACGCAAGACUGUUUCGAUGGUCGAGUUUGGAGGCACCAAAUUCAUCUCGGGAGGCAAUGGCAUCGGAUCAGGGCGAUUCGAUGAAAGUAGGCGUCAUACGGAUAUUGCUAAGUAUGUCGAGCGUGGUGGCUUCGGACACCGGAUGCAGGAGACAGUCGAGGAAGGAGUCGUCCCGGAGAUGGAUAGGGAGGUGUAUGCUUCCAUGUUUGGACCGACUACUGGCGACAGGCUAAGACUGGCCGAUACGGAUCUCUGGAUAGAGGUCGAGAAGGAUUACACGGUCUACGGAGAUGAAUGCAAGUUUGGAGGCGGCAAGGUCCUUCGUGAUGGUGCUGGACAAGCUUCCAAUCGAUCAGAUCAAGAAGUAUUGGAUCUUGUCAUCACCAACGCGUUGAUCAUCGACUGGUCAGGAAUUUACAAGGCCGACAUUGGUGUCAAAAAUGGUGUCAUUGCUGGCAUUGGCAAAGCUGGAAAUCCUGAUAUCAUGGAGGGUGUCACAGAUGGUAUGAUCGUGGGGUCGUGCACCGAGGUCGUGGCGGGAGAAAAGCUCAUAGUCACUGCGGGUGCCAUCGACGUUCACGUCCAUUUCAUCACUGCUGACAUGUGGCAAGAGGCGCUGUCGACUGGCAUCACCACCCUCGUUGGCGGAGGGACAGGUCCUGCUGAAGGGACGAAAGCGACAACGUGCACUUCCUCAAAGUGGUACAUGCAGACCAUGCUCGCUGCUACGGAUGAGAUACCUCUCAACUUUGGGUUCACCGGGAAAGGGAAUGAUUCGGGCGUCAGAGGCAUGAGGGAUGUCAUUGAGGCUGGCGCCUGUGGUCUGAAGGUCCAUGAAGAUUGGGGAGCUACGCCCGAAGUCAUCGAUCGGUCCUUGGCCAUGGGAGACGAAUAUGACGUUCAGCUUACCGUUCAGGUCAAUAUUCACACUGAUACUCUAAACGAAAGUGGGUUCGUGGAGCAGACCGUUGCCGCAUUCAAGGGUCGAACGAUCCACACCUAUCAUACUGAAGGCGCCGGUGGUGGUCAUGCGCCGGAUAUUAUCCGAGUAUGCGAGUAUGAAAACGUCCUACCGAGUUCGACAAACCCAACCCGACCUUUCGCCGUCAAUACACUGGAUGAGCACCUCGAUAUGCUCAUGGUCUGUCACCACCUGGAUAAGUCUAUCCCUGAAGACAUUGCCUUUGCAGAUUCGCGUAUUCGAGCCGAGACCGUCGCAGCGGAGGAUGUCCUUCAGGACACGGGAGCCAUAUCAAUGAUAUCAUCCGACGCCCUCGCGAUGGGGAGAAUCGGCGAAGUCGUCGCAAGGACAUGGAGAACCGCAGCAAAGAUGCGCGAAAUGAGAGGACCUCUGGAUGGUGAUAUCGAUGGAAGAGAUAACGAGCGGGUCAAGAGGUAUAUUGCCAAAUACACCAUCAACCCAGCCAUCACACAUGGCAUGUCUCACCUGGUCGGACACAUUGCCAAAGGCUGUUUGGCAGAUUUGGUUCUGUGGAAACCCGAAUUCUUCGGAACUCGAGCUGAAACCGUGAUAAAGGGAGGAGUGAUCGCAUGGGCUCAGGUCGGCGAGUCGAAUGGAUCUAUACCCACUGUUCAACCUUCCUAUGGCCGUCCUCAGUGGGGCGCGAACGCCGGAAGCGUAGCCAUGAACUCGAUCGCUUGGGUCAGUCAAGCGGCCGUCGAUAAGGAUAUCAAGUCGCAGUACGGGCUCAAGAAACGUGUCGAAGCCGUGAAAAACUGUAGGAAUAUAGGGAAAAAGGAUAUGAAGUUGAAUGAUGCUACGCCUAAGAUGGAAGUCGAUCCCGAAACCUACAUCGUCAAGGCGGAUGGGAUUUUGUGCGACGUCCCGCCCGCUACUUCCUUACCAUUGACAAAGAAGCAUUGGAUAUUCUGAACGCGAUGGGAGUCCAAGGAACCUCCAUCGCUCAUCAGCUUGACGACGGAGACGGAUCGAGGCCGCCGCUG